UCCGCUCAGGCUCUCGCUGUACUUCCGGUCAACGAGGCCUCUUCCUCCCGCUGGCCUGCUGGGUCUACCCCUCGGCCCUCAGGUCUAUCCUGUAGCGGCGCGGAUACCUUAGUGCGCCUCUCCGGAAGUCCGCGCUAGCUCCUGGAAGCACGCUUCGCGGAGGCUCGCCGGCCGGUGGGGGCUGGGUCCGCCGCGCGCGUCGAGGCACUGCUGCUCCGUUGAGGCCGCCGCGCUGCCGGGAUGCCGCGGCCGGGGUCGGCGCCGCGCUGGGAGGCCGCCGCGGGCCGUUGGGGCGGCCCGCUGCUUGCGCUGCUGCUGCUCCUGCUGCUGCCGGGCCCGAGCGGCGCCUCCGAGAUUACCUUCGAGCUGCCCGACAAUGCCAAGCAGUGCUUCUACGAGGACAUCACUCAGGGCACCAAAUGCACCCUGGAGUUCCAGGUGAUUACUGGUGGUCACUAUGACGUAGAUUGUCGACUGGAAGACCCUGACGGUAAAGUGUUGUACAAGGAGAUGAAGAAACAGUAUGAUAGUUUCACCUUCACAGCCUCCAAAAAUGGGACAUACAAAUUUUGUUUCAGCAAUGAGUUCUCUACUUUUACACACAAAACAGUGUAUUUCGAUUUUCAAGUUGGAGAAGACCCACCUUUGUUUCCAAGUGAGAACCGAGUCAGUGCCCUUACCCAGAUGGAAUCUGCCUGUGUUUCCAUUCAUGAAGCUCUGAAGUCCGUCAUCGACUAUCAGACUCAUUUCCGGUUGCGAGAGGCCCAAGGCCGAAGCCGAGCAGAGGAUCUAAAUACAAGAGUGGCCUAUUGGUCGGUGGGAGAAGCCCUCAUUCUUUUGGUGGUCAGCAUAGGGCAGGUGUUUCUUCUGAAAAGCUUUUUCUCAGAUAAAAGAACCACCACAACUCGUGUUGGAUCAUAACUCCGCUUUCAGAUGCACCAUUGCCACUGUAACAUUACUGUCCUCUAAUUUUAGGUAAUGAAGAACUUAACAUGGCGACGUUCUAAAUCCCCACUCAUACUUGUUCGGAGAGAUGUACAGUUCACAUCCCCAUGGGGAGAGGACACCUUUUUUUAUUUCUAAGGGUGGAAAACUUUGGACCUUAAUGCAGCUAUUCAUAUGAAAUAUCUAACACCAAUGAUGUACUUUUUCUUGGUUUAUAUCUACUCUUCAUACACUAAACUUUGGUAUUCUGAUUCCUUUUAACCAUUUAAAAGUACUUUUAGUAGGUGGUUGAUACUUUUAAGAAAUCUUAGAUUUAAUGUCUGUGUGUAUUGCAGAGGAAGAAAACUGCCUUUUAAUUGUUUAUAGUGAAUAAAGCUGUGUUUUUAAGAAAACCAAAUGUGAUUAACUGUAGCCAGGCCCUAUUCUGCACUGCUUAAUUUUAUGGAGGAAAAUAUCUACCAUAGAACUUUUAGUUAAUAUUGAUACAAUUUUCAUUGAUGUAUUAUGAUAUAAUUUAUUCCUUGCUAGUUUGGAAAAUGUAUAGGUUUUUUGGUUUGUUUGGUUUUUUUUUUGUCUCAUUCUAUGGUUUAUAACUAGCUAUGUUGUUUGUUUAGAAAUGUUACCAUCACAUAGCAAAUGGCAUAAAAGACUUAAAGAUCAGACUAUUGUAACUGUUAGGAUAAAGUAUAACCCAAUAUGGUAAAUGAAUAGAAACAUUCUUAGUGAGUUGUCUGUCAUUGCAUUUCUAGGGCUCUUAUAAAGAAGAGGGUCUGAGUCA